UUUAUAUUUCUCACUAUAGACUAGUUCCAAAAUGAAUCCAACCUUCGUGCUGAGUAGAUCGCAAAUUAAUUUUUGUUGAAAUUGUUUUAAAAAUAUGAUUAUACUAGACUUUUAUGUGUGAUAUGCUGAUGUGAUAACGAUACAGUCGUAAUUAUUAUAUUUAUUUAUAAACAUUCAUUCAUACGAAUUUGUGUAUUUUUAUUAUUGUGAGUUGGAUCUUCACCUAUAGAUUGAUUCGCGAAAGUCUGCUAAUUACGUUUGGUUUUUAUUUUAUUAUUAUUUCGAAUUGUGAAUUCAUUUCGGAUUUGUGAAUUUAAUUAAAUUUAUGUGACGGAAAUAAAAUGGGCAACAACAGAAUGUUCGCAACAGUUACAUUGGUGGUUAUUUUCGUGUACUUCGUAGCUAACACAAUAUCUCUGGCAGUUGUUACCAGAAGUGAAUGGGGAGCAAACCCAUCAAAAUUGGUCGAAUGUACAAAUGGAUCAGCACCGCAUGUAUUGAUUCAUCACUCGUACAUACCAGCCCAUUGCAACAAUACCGACGACUGUAAACGUGCGAUGCGAUCUAUGCAAAAUUUUCACCAGAAUGAACGAGGAUGGAAUGACAUCGGAUAUAACUUUGCAAUUGGAGGCGAUGGACAAAUUUAUGAAGGAAGGGGAUUCAGUGUAAUCGGUGCUCAUGCACCUAAAUAUAACGUUAAAAGUGUCGGUAUCUGUUUGAUUGGCGAUUGGUCAGAUGAACUACCACCGUCACACAUGAUUGAAAACGUCCAUCGUCUAAUAGAGUUCGGCGUUAGCACCGGAAAAAUACAAGAAAAUUACACUCUAUUGGGUCAUCGACAGGUGAGAAAUACACAAUGUCCGGGUGACAAACUGUUUAAGGAAAUAUCAACAUGGAAGCAUUUUGAAGCAUUGCCACGAGUAUUCACUGACGAUAAUGUUUAAUCGAUAAAAAUAUUUUCUUUAUAUAAAUUUAGCGAUAGUCUUUGAUCGAACAAAUGUUUUGCUCAUUAAAAAUGAAUUUCGGUUGGGUAACGACCCGAUG